CAACCCGCGUUAAUUGUGCGUUUCCUUGUUGAGGCUUCAACUCACGCAUGAGGAGUACAAAAGAUGGAGAGGGGCUUGAUCUCGCUUAAAGGAUGCCAAAAUUAAACUGAAGACGAAUCAUCAACUGCAAAUGCCUGCUAUAUUAACAAAAAUUUAGUGUCAUUUCAAAAGAGCAAUGUCGUCACAAGAAAGCAUAACUAUUUUUAACACAUUCCACCAAUAUGCAAAUAUAAUUGCUGAUCAGACACAACCGAUAAAAAACCGUCUUCUUGCUGCUGAAAGCAUAAGUGCUGGAUUUGAGAACAUUGUUGCAUCACCACAUUACUCAGCCUUCUUGGAGUAUGCUAUUCCAAAAUUUGUGCAGACUUUAAGAGAUGGGGAGCCUCAGUUUGUUGCAGAAACUACAGAGCAGGAGUUCAGAAAACAGCUUUUAGAGAUAAUACAUAGGAUUCCUGCAGAUGAACAUCUCAAACAACAUCUCAAGCCAAUACUUACAUUGAUGUUUGAACUGCUUGAGAUUGAUAAUGAAGAGAAUGUACUUGUUGCUCUCAGAAUUAUCAUUGAGUUGCAUAGACAGUAUCGUCCACAGAUGCAGCCAGAGAUUCAAAAUUUUUUGGCCUUUGUCAAAAGGAUGUACAAGGAAUUACCAAAUAAUGCUAAAGUACAUUUCAAUGUUGUGUCAGUUGGGCCUGAUGGACUGCUUCCGCCAGAGAGCAUGGAUUCUGUCAAAAAUGCCAUCGGAGGUGUUGCAAACAACGGAAAGGCAUCUGAAUCGUCAUCAGCUGCAUCUGAUGUUGGCACAAAAUCGCAGUCAAACUGUAUCCCUAAAGCAACAUCAUCUUUGAAAAUUCUUUCAGAGCCGAUUUUCAUUGUUCUAAUGCAUCAGCUUUACAAGCAAAACGUUCAUGGUGCUAUAAAAGAUUUCAUUGCACUUGUCAUGACCACCAUCACUCUUCAACCAACUUUGGCUGCCAGAAAAUCACCAAAUUUUAACAAAGAGAUAUAUGUCGACUUUACCGCCGCACAAAUAAAGACGCUGUCAAUUUUAGCUUAUUUCAUAAGGAUUUUUCAGGAUCUUGUUGCUCAAGCUUCUACAAACCUUGUUGGCAGCAUGCUUGGUCUCUUCCGUUAUUGUCCAAAGGAGGUUGCUCACUUGCGAAAAGAACUCUUGAUAGCUGCCAGGCACAUUUUAGGAACUGAACAUAGAAACAAAUUUUUCCCAUACAUUGAACAGCUUUUCCACGAAGACGUCCUCAUUGGGGAUGGAUGGACCAUGAACGAAGGUCUUCGCCCCCUAGCAUAUAGCACAUUGGCAGAUUUUGUUCACCAUGUCAGGUCGCAGCUAUCCUUGCCAAAUCUUGCACUGGUUGUCCAUCUGUUUUCAAAAAACGUGCACGAUGAGUCGUUGAUCAUAAGCAUUCAGAGGAUGUCUUGCAAACUUUUGCUAAACCUGGUCGACUGCAUAAGACAGAAAGGCGACGAGCAAGGAGUGGGAAGAGAGAUUUUAAUGAAAAUGCUGGAAGUUUUUGUACGAAAAUUCAAGACCACUGCCAAACAUCACAUCCCAGCCAUCCUUGAAAAGUGUCAACCAUCGGAAGGAAUAGCCUCUCCUAAAGCUGAUAAGAAAUCUCCAAGCAUUUUGCUGGAAAGCCCAAAAGAAAAGGGAAGUACUUGGCGUGGUUCAGGAAAUAAAGAUAAUGUUGCUGUGGCUGACUACAGAGAGAUGGUUAAAACGCUAGUUUGUGGAGUAAAGACAAUAACAUGGGGCGCUGGCUCUUGUAAAGUGUCAACUGGAGAUGUGCAAAUCCCAGUUUAUCCACAAGGGAACAAAGUUUUCCUGCCGAGUGAGACGAAAAUGUUCAUCAGACUUCUCAAAUAUGCGCUCGAGGCCUUAGACGUCUACCAAAUAUCUGCAAGUCCAACUGGCAAUGGGUUUAUAAAAAUGGCUAAUUCACCACAACAAAUUAGAAUGAAAGAGGAGAAGGAAAUCUUGGAACAUUUUGCUGGAGUUUUUACAAUGCUAAAUACUGCUACGUUCAAAGAGGUUUUCACGGCUACAAUUGAGUAUCUGGUUGACAGAAUUCAUAGCAACUAUGCUUUACAGAUCAUACCAAACUUCUUCUUGGCUAAUCCUCACACUUCAGCAACAUUUGCGACGAUUCUCGUAAAAUUUCUUCUGAAAAAACUCGAAGAUAUGGGAACGAAAUCGGAAAAAUCAAAUCUUUAUUUGAAGUUGUUCAAGCUUGUUUUUGGCUCAGUUUCACUGUUUGCUCAAGAUAACGAGCAAAUGCUCAAGCCUCAUUUGCACGAAAUUGUAAAUCGAUCCAUGGAGCUUGCAAUGUCUGCGAAGGAGCCCUACAAUUAUUUCCUGUUGCUGCGAGCGUUGUUCAGGUCCAUAGGAGGAGGGAACCAUGAUCUGCUGUACCAAGAAUUUUUGCCUUUGCUGCCAAAUCUUUUGCAAGGUUUAAAUAAUCUCCAGAGUGGCAUUCAUAAGCAGUACAUGAAGGAUCUUUUUGUUGAGCUAUGCCUGACUGUUCCUGUUAGACUCAGUUCCCUUCUUCCCUACUUGCCGAUGCUUAUGGACCCUCUUGUGUCAGCUCUAAAUGGAACGCAGACCCUUGUUAGUCAGGGAUUAAGGACUCUUGAGUUGUGUGUCGAUAAUCUUCAACCGGAUUUCUUGUAUGACCACAUCCAGCCUGUCAGAGCCGAUUUGAUGCAGGCUUUGUGGAGAACUUUGCGAAAUACUGCAGAUUCAAUUGCACAUGUUGCGUUUCGCGUCCUGGGAAAAUUUGGAGGUGCCAGCAGACGAAUGCUAAAAGAGCCACAGAAGCUGACAUACAAUGAAAGCGAAAACAUUGGCCCGUGCAUUUUACUAUCAUUCUUUGAUGCAGAUGUUGAUGUGUCUUUGCCUAUUGCCAGUGUGAUAGAGCGUGCUUGCAAUGUGCUUAAAACACCGAAACCAACAACUACAACGACAAACCAACAAAGCAACACGUUUGACAAUACACCAUUCUACAAGCAACAGUCAUGGCUUAUUGUCAAGUACUUCAUCAUUGCUGCAAUGUCACUUGAAGAUUCUACAGAAUUCUUAAACGAACUUCUACUGGAGCCAGGGUUCAAAGACAAAGACUUGCAUGCAACUGGAAAGCCCCAGGUUGCAGCAUGUGCUGACAAGCAGUCGUUGAAAACCCUACAACAGGCGCUUUCAGGAAUGCUUUUUGCUGCUGCUACUUCCGAGUUGCAGAGUGAAUCACUCCCCUUCAUGUCUGGAAUACUGCGACAAUUUGCGCUUGUUACAGUGACUCAGCAAGCUGGCUCAUUUGCAUUGAUGUCUCAGAAAAGUCCGGUUGGGAUGGACGUGCACAUAAUUAUUGAUUCAAUAGCAGAUAUAAUGUCUCAUGAAGACAAAGAUAUUGGAAAGAUUGGAGAGCUUGCUAUUCAAAUCUUAUUUGAAACAAUAUCUAUCGUUUUACGUGACAAACUGAAGGCUGCCCGCUUGCCAUUUUUUGAGUACAUGUUAGAGAAGCUAUGUGGAUGCUGUUAUGAAAGAGCCUGGUUUGCUAAAGCUGGCGGGUGUAUGUCAAUAAAGUUUUUGCUGAAUUACAUGCCACUGCCCUGGCUACUGGAUCACCAACCUGCUUUCAUCACAGCUCUUAUGUUUGUUAUGAUGGAUUUAACGAACGAGGUUUCAUCAGGAACAGUCGAUAUUGCAAAAUCAAUUCUCGUGGAUUUGUUGAAGAAGUGUAAUUGCGAUUUGAAGGACGAAGAGCUCACAAAAAUUCAAGCGAAAGUUUUUCCACUUGUGGUACAACAUAUGGUUAGGGAGGUUGUCUCUCCAAAUCACACUGUCAGGGCUCAAGCCAGGUAUGCCUUGGAUGUUUUGUCGAAGUUGACUGGAAAGAGUGUUUAUAGCCUAAUGGAACCCCACAAAACCCUCCUGGAAGACAUGAUACCACCAAAGAAACAUCUGCUUCGACAUCAACCGGCCAAUACUCAGAUUGCUCUAAUGGACGGGAACACUUUUUGCACUUCGUUGACCCCUAGACUCUUUACGAUGGACCUUUCUGUGAUCGAGCAUAAAGUUUUCUUCACGGAACUUUACACUUUUUGUGAAGCAGAUGACAGUCAGCUGACCAAACUUCCCUGCUACAAGAAUGUUCAGAGCUUUGCACAACUCCGGAUUAGUGCUCUAGCCGCCUUGACGUCCUGCCAUUACAUCGUCCAAGCAAGAGAAAAGAUCUUUAAUGUGCUUGUAAAGGCAAUCAAUUCUUCAGUCCCAGAAGUUAUGGAAGCUGGAAAAGAAAACAUGAGAAAGUUUAUAAAUGGCGGAGCCUUGGACAGUGUUAAAGACCACGUUCGAGUUAACAUCAGGCCUCUGUUACUACAACUUGGAGAUUUCCGAAGCCUGAAUAUGAAUGUGCUUAAGAAACUUACCUGCUUUAUGGAGCUGUUCCCGGAUCUCUUCAAUGAAAAAUUAUGUGAACAAUUAUUGGCACAUUUAAAUCGCUGGACCGAGGCUGCAAAAGUUGCUGCGAAUACCCAGUCACAACAACAGAUUAAACCUGCUUUAAGAAGCAGUGAGGAAGUAAAGAUCUGUGCGGCUAUAAUGAACAUGUUCCAGCUUGUCCCUGCUGCAUCAUCUAAGCUGAUUGAGCCAUUAGUGCAACUGACUGUUAAAACGGAGCAAGCACUCAUCUUAGAGGUUGGCAGCCCGUUUAGAGAGCCAUUGAUAAAAUUCCUAAUGAGAUAUCCCAGUCACACGGCGGAUUUCUUCCUCAUUAACAUAGCAAACCCGCUGAUGAACAGAUUUUUCAUCUACAUACUAAACAGAGAAGACGCCAAGCCUCUUAGAUCUGCUGUAGAAGCCAAUCCAUUGAAACUUGUGAACAGCACUUUCAGUGCAAAUAUUCCUCAACCGCAGACUCCUGACGAACAGUCAUCUGUUGGAAAGAAGAGACAAGAGCUUCAGUUCCAGGGAAUUCUUAUCAUAAGAACACUUGUAAAGCAUAACGAAAGCUGGCUUGCUCAACAGCCUGUCCUCAUUGGUCACCUAAAACGAAUCUGGAUGAAUGAGGCAUAUUUUGACAAAAGCAAGAAAAAUGAUACCUCGAUCAACUCAGGAAGAUGGAGGGAACCGAAGUUGCUUGCAAAAUGCUUGCUUAAUUAUGUCAAGAACAGGCCGAACGAGAUCGAGCUGCUGUUCCAGAUUCUUAGAAUACUGACAGUCAGGAUGAUUCCAGACCUCCACUUUCUGCAUAAAUUUUUAGAAGUUAUAACAAAGGAAUACACCAUAGAACAGAAACGCAGUAUCUUUUUCAAGUUUGCUGACUGCUUCCUCGAUCAUAAUUAUGCCCAAGAACUUAAAGCAAUGAUUCUCCAAUACAUAAUCGUGCCGAUGUUUAAAGCAAGUUUUGAGGAGGGUCAUGUUGAUAAGCUCAUCGGUGGGCCUCCAAAUCCAGAUCAAGACAGCAGUGACAAUGUUAUAAGCGUCUUUAUCAAUAAAGUCAUAGACCCUCAAAGCCCAUUUGCAACGUCUGAUUCAGUACGAAUACUUUUGCUACAGUUUUCUGCCUUGCUUGUGGAGUAUGCUGCACCCCAUAUUCACGAUGCUGCAAAUAAAAAACAAGGAAACAAGCUAAGACGCCUCUACCAAUAUGCUUGGCCGUGUUUGCUUUCAAAGCAAUGUGUUGACCCUGCAACCAAGUACCAUGGACAUUACCUACAGGCGCAGAUCAUUGCUAAGUUUGCAAUUCACAAAAAGUUUGUCCUGCAGGUUUUCCACGGUCUUCUGAAAGCGCAUGCCCAAGAAGCCAGGACGAUCGUGCGUCAAGCACUGGAUAUCCUCACUCCUGUUAUGCCGCAUAGAAUGGAAGACGGAAAUCAAAUGUUGUCUCAUUGGACCAAAAAGACGAUAAUCGAAGAAGGACAUACUAUUGGGCAGUUGAUUCAUAUGCUACAUUUGGUUGUGCGCCAUCAUGACGUUUACUUUAACGUAAGAAAAGACCUCAUUCCUCACAUGGUCAACUCAAUGCAGAGGCUUGGUUUCAAUUCAAAUGUUACAAUUGAGCAACGCAAAUUAGCUGUCGACUUGGCUGACGUCAUUGUGGAGUGGGAGAAACGAAAUUCCCGGGAGGAAGGAGUUGAAGCUUGUGAGCCUGGAACAAAAAGAUCAUCUUCAGAUUCAUCUCAGGAACCAUAUCCAAAAAGACUGUGCACCUCAGGCCAGAGUACUCGACAGUCCACUUCUGAGAAAUCUUCAAAGAUAUCCAUUCCAGGAAGAGUUGAAAAGAAUCAUUUUGAUACAGUUUGCAACUUCCUUUUUCGCCUAGCAAGUCAGAUAAACGAGACUUCUUCUACCGGAAACUCUGCCGGGGAAGCGCUCUCCCGCAGGUGCUUCAAGAUUCUAAAAAGUGCUUUGCAGCAAGAUUGCUGGCCAGAUGCUGAUUUGAAAGUCUCUUGGCUCGAUAAACUGUUCAAUAUUAUGGAUCAAACUCCAAAUGCAAAUUACGGAAAUGUUUGUACGGCACUGGAGAUUCUUGCUUAUCUUUGCACUGUCCUGGAAAAAGACGAUCUGCUUGGAAUAUUCAACCCUCUUCAACGAGGAAUUGUUAGCUGCAUGGCUUGUCAAAAUAAGAAGGAACGUUUUGAAAUCCGUGAACACCUUAUUGUUGCGCCUUUGGCUGUGUUUCCAGUCGAUCAAGGUAAUGGACAGCAAAAGAAUGAUCUUGAAUACCUUUACAAUAACAUUGGCAGUAGCAUUUAUGAAGGACUUUUGAGCUACGAAAGGUCAACAAGUGCAUCAACCAACAUCAUCUAUGGUCCACUUAUGCUUUUAAAAGCUGCUUGUAGUAGUUGUCCAACCUAUAUCGACAGAUUUAUGGUGCAGUUCAUGAAGGCUUUGAACAGAAUGCAGAAAGAUCACGUUGCCGGCCAACAAGGAGAGGGAGGAGGUUUGACUGAAAUGCUCAUAAUUUCACUGGAGUUGGUAAAAAAUCGUAUGGCAGCAAUGCAUGGCGAUCUUCGCAGAAUAUUUUUGAGCACUUUUACAACUUUGAUCGAGAAGUCGCCGGAAGCAAAACUUCUCAAGGCGAUGACAAAAAUAGUUGAUGAAUGGAUGAGAAUAAAGCCGAUGCAGAACAGCCAACACCAUUGCCCGUCCAUUAGAGAAAAGUCAGUCAUCCUGUAUCGAAUGAUGCUAAACUUCGAAAAACGCUUCUCUGAUGAUCUAGAACUUCAUGCCCAGUUCUUGGAAAUAGUUAAUUAUAUUUACAGGGAGCCUUCGCUAGCAGGAAGUGAGUUAACAGCGAGACUGGAGCCAGCGUUUUUAGCCGGUCUAAGGAGUGUGCAGCCGCAAAUUCGGAUGAAAUUCAUGGAGGUGUUCGAUAGAGGCAUCAAAAGAAGAUUGUAUGAUCGCCUUAUGUUCCUGAUAGCAACACAGAACUGGGAACAUAUGGGAAACCACUUUUGGAUUAAGCAGUGUUUAGAGGUCCUUUUAGCUGUCGUUGAUGGCGAAAGUCCUGCAAGAUGCAGCAGUGUUUACAGCAAACUGCCUUCCAUGAAAUCUGUUCUCCGACAGUCAGACUUAGCUGACGCUCAGAAGCUCGUCGAAACAAGGAAAGUAGCGCUAGAAACUCCUGCAACUGACCUCGACAGCUCAAUGGAUUCGUACAAAACAAAUAUCCACGUGACAAUUAAGCAGGAACCAUUAGAUACUGACGAUCCGAUGCAAGGAGAUGAGAGCGAGGCUUCCAAGAGCUCUGAUCCAAACCCUCCGCGUUGUUUCUUUCAAGCAAAGACGUCGUCGGAAAUUCUCGCAAAAUUUGAAUGCAGUACGACAGAUUCGCCUGCAACUGAAGAUGAUACUCCGGUCAGCGAGCUUGCUGCAUGCCAUGGCAAAUUCUUGGAAAAUCUUCAAAAGCAAACGAUUGGGCCGUGUCUGGCAGCUGUUUCGCAGCUGUGCCAUCGGAGUACACUACUUGCACACAAAAUCUGGGUGGAUCUUUUCCCUAGAAUUUGGGAGCUGUUGGAAAGUAAACACCAGAAUGUGAUAUCAGGAGAGGUGGCUCCGUUCCUUUGCAGUGGCAGCCAUCUUCUGCAAGGAGAUUGCUACAGGUCCUCAAUAAAUACGUUUGUCGAAGGAAUGGCCAAUUGUUCGCCAUCUAUCCCAAUCAGGCCAGCCGUUUUGAAAUAUCUGGGAAAAACGCACAAUUUAUGGCACAGAUCAGCAUUGCUUCUUGAGGAGGCGGCCGUAGCUUGCGAAGACAUGAUUGCAGUAAAUCCACAAUUACCCAUGCAGCAAACGUGGCUCGAUUAUGGUCAAUAUGAUGAAGAAGUUUGUGAGCUGCCGAUUCAAGAGACGUAUGAUUCUCUUGCUGAGAUGUAUUCGAUGCUGUGUGAAGAUGACAUGUGGAGUGGGCUACUACAGCGUAAGGCGCGCUUCCCUGAAUCAAGCACAGCUAUUGCCUAUGAACAGCAAGGAUUGUUCGAACAGGCCCAAAAGGCGUACGAAACUGCAAUGGUUAAAGCUAGGGAGCAGUACAACAACGGAAAAAGUGACCCAAGGAUGCUUUCUGAGUAUGCUUUAUGGGAAAAGCAUUGGAUCAGAUCCGCUAAGGAACUUGGCCAAUGGGACAUUCUAAUGGAAUUUGGAAAGAGCAAAGGCCAGCAAAACCCAUAUAUAGUACUUGAAAGCGCAUGGCGGAUCCCUGAUUGGACUGUGAUGAAAGAAGCUUUAUCUCAGGUGGAAAUGAGCAGUCCUGAUUCCAUGGCCUAUCGCCUGACCCUGUACCGUGGCUUUAUUGCCAUCUGCCACCCAGAGGAGCAGCACCAACAUCAGCCGUCUUUGAUCGAAAAACUCGUCGAAACAGCAACUUCACAAGCCAUAAGACAGUGGCGACGGCUGCCAGCUCUUGUUUCAGACAUUCACUCAGAUUUACUGAGAACGGCGCAACAAAUUAUGGAGCUCCACGAAGCAUCACAGGUUCACGUGGGCUUACAGCCGCAGAACAUUGGGCGGGUCACAAACCUCCAUGAUAUGAAAGCUAUAGUAAAGACAUGGAGAAAUCGACUGCCACUGCAGUGUGAUGAUCUGGUGCACUGGAGCGAUAUUUUUAUGUGGAGGCAUCAUCACUACCAGGCUAUUGUCGCUGCUUAUGAAAACCUGUCAAGCUCGUUACCGGACACGCAGUCGAAUAAUCAUGCGAUGCUUGGCGUUCAUGCUUCUGCAUGGUCGAUUAUUCAUUAUGGUCAUGUAGCUCGUAAGCAUGAUAUGACUGGAGUGUGUCUCGACUCUCUUAGUCGAAUUCACACGAUCCCUAGUGUGCCAAUCGUUGAUUGUUUUCACAAGAUUCGAGAGCAGGUUAAGUGCUAUUUGCAAAUGGCAGGUGUUAUGGGCAAACAGGAGCUGCAAGAAGGACUAGAAGUAAUUGAGUCCACAAAUUUAAGGUAUUUCUCCAAAGAAAUGACUGCAGAAUUCUUCGCAUUGAAGGGAAUGUUCCUUGCACAAGUAAAUCGAUCAGAGGAAGCCAACAAGGCAUUUUCAGAAGCAGUCCAGAUGCAUGAUACCCUUGUUAAGGCCUGGGCCCUAUGGGGCGAUUACUUGGACAACUUAUUCGUGAAUGAGCGAAGCGUAAGCCUGGGGGUUUUCGCGAUCAUAUGCUACAUGCAUGCUUGUCGAAGUCAAAAUGAAUCAAAAUGCAGAAAAUAUUUAGCAAGAACCUUGUGGCUGCUUUCAUAUGACGACGAGAAAGGGUCCUUAGCCGAAGCCUUGGAAAAGUAUUGCGUUGGAGUGCCAUCCACUCACUGGUUACCUUGGAUACCACAAUUACUCACGUGCUUCGUGCGAAAGGAAGGAAGCCGUGUAUUGACUCUGAUUUUUUCUGUUGCUCGCGUGUUCCCCCAAGCCGUCUACUUUCCAAUAAGGACGCUCUAUUUGACACUGAAAAUCGAGCAGCGAGAAAAGCACAGGAUGGAGCGACGCCAGAUUUUGACAGGAGAGAACAAGCAGGCAGGAGAAAAUUCUGAUGGCGAAAAGAAAGUGGAUGCUUCACAAGGUUCUACUUCAAACAAUGAUGUACCUACCACUAGUGUUUCUCGAACAUCCACCCCUCCAGGGACAACUGCGAAAUCAGGCCUACAACUUUCUGGUCAAGGUUCCUCACAAGAUUCGACGGAUAAUUCAUCAACCACGACUACGCCCGUCCCAGCAACAACGACAACAGCUGCUUCUGCAACAACAGUAACAAAAAAUACCUCAUCAGAAGGCUCCAUGCAACAUACGACAACAGCAACAGCAACAACCCAGUCAGCAACCCCUGCCAGCACCGCUGCUGGAAGCACAACAGGAACAGCAAAUGCGAGUCAGUCGGCCAGCAGCUCGGAGACUGGCAUGAUCCGCGCUCCUGCUCCGAUGAUGCGAUGCAGCAAGAUUAUGCACAUGAUGCGUGACUUGCACCCGACAUUGCUCUCAGCUCUGGAGGGUAUUGUUGAUCAGAUGGUUUGGUUCCGAGAAUGCUGGCACGAGGAGGUACUGCGCCAGUUACUCCAAGGGUUGACUAAAUGCUACCAAGUGGCUUUCGAUCACCGUGGAGAUGUGAAUGGAGCUCAGAUAACUCCAAGGACACUGACAUUUGUCAAAAAGCUGGUUAGCACCUUUGGCAUUGGUUUUGAGUCAGGGUCAAGUGUGUACUCGUCAUUUUCUUCAUCUGCUUCGGAAUCUAUCGCACGUCACGCCCAGGCAACGGCACAGGAUCCAGUCUUUCUCAAGCUCAAAGAACAAUUUGUUGAAGAUUUUGACUUCAGCAAACCUGGUUCGAUCAAAUUGCACAAGUUGAUAAGCAAAUUGAGGAAAUGGAUCAGAAUACUUGAAGCAAAGACGAAACUCCUUCCAAGCUCCUUCUUGUUGGAAGAGCGCUGCCGCUUUCUCAGCAACUUCUCACAAGCAACUGCUGAAGUUGAACUCCCAGGAGAAUUCCUAAUGCCAAAAACAACGAUUCACAAUGCCUUCUACGUGCGCAUUGCCAAGUUUAUGCCAAGAGUUGAGUUAGUACACAGGCAUAACUUCUCCGCACGCCGCUUAACAAUCAGAGGCCACAAUGGAAAGUUGUAUCCAUACUUGGUGGUUAACGACGCAUGGUUGACAGAAUCCAGGAGAGAAGAAAGAGUGCUUCAGCUUCUCAGAAUGGUCAAUCUGUUCUUGGAAAAACGAAAGGAAACAGCCAGACGACAGUUGCAGUUCAAUGUUCCUAGAGUUGUAGCAGUUUCCCCUCAAACGAGAUUGAUAGAGGAUAAUCCAACUGUGAUUUCACUUGUUGAGAUAUAUAAAGAGCGUUGCCAGAAGAAGAAGAUUGAUUCUGAGGCUGCGAUAGCACACUACUACGAGAGACUGGGUUCAUUACAGGGUUCUGGUUUCUCAACAAACCACCAGGUUUUGCGUGACAUUUUGAAAGAGAUCCAGCUUAAUCUUAUUACUGACGGCAUGUUCAAAGAAUGGGCGUCUUACACCUACGCGAAUGCAACUGAAUUUUGGAUGUUUAGGAAGCUGUUCACGCAACAAGUGGCGCUUGCAGGCUUCGUGGAAUUCACGUUUCAUCUGACAAGACUAAAUCCGGAAAUGAUAAACAUUGCACGUGAUUGUGGUCAUGUCACCUUCAACUUUUUCAAGUUCGACAUUGAUGAUUCGAAAGGCGAGCUUGAUGCAAACAGACCAGUGCCCUUCCGACUCACACCCAACAUCUGUGAAUUGAUAUCUCCGGUUGGUAUCACUGGCAUUUUCACUCACUGCAUGAUUGCUGUUGCCAGAUGUCUUGUGCAACCGCAGUUUAGCAUUGUAAGCUACUUGAAGGCUGUACUCAAAGAUGAAAUGCUAACGUGGCACAAAAAGAAACAUGACGAAGUGAAUCUUGCACAGAGCUCAGUCCCAUCAAGUGAGAUGGACAGUGAGUUGUUAAUCACAAUGGUAACAAAUGCAGCAAACGCCAUUAUGACCAGACUUCAAAAUAUUGCCCAAUUUGAAAACGCAGAAUCAAAAGUGGUUACAUUGAUCUCAGCAGCGAUGAAUCCUGACAACCUUUGCAGAAUGGACCCAGCUUGGAAUCCUUGGCUGUGAGCAUUUACCUUUUCUGUAACUGGGAUUUUCUAGAUUUGAUGUCAUUGUCCAUGUUGCUGACAAGAAAAUUUGUAUAUACUUUGGGUAUAUAAGCAUAUCAACAAUGAGAACGCUUUUGGAACACUUCAUCUCAGACCUUCUGAGACAAGUGAUUGUAGCUUUAAAACAGUGAUGCAGCUUUCUUCCAGACGCUUAUUUGCUCCCCGUUCCCAAGACCUUUCAAGUCUUUGUAUAUGCUUCAAGUUAGCAUUUCGAUUCGUCUGCUUUGGAGCACAAAAAAGUUUUGUUUUGGCAUGUUUUAGCUAUCUUUUGUCAUGAAGCGAACUAUUAAUAUUGUGACAACAUAUUGUUUCGUUUCCAGAUCAAAACAUUUUUGCAAAACAAAUGUUUUCCUCUCUGAUUAUUAGUGUUUUGAAAUCCAAAACGACCUCUUUUGUGAAUAGUCAGAUAUAUAUUUGAGGAACGCAAAAAAAUCUUCAGUUGUGGUUUUAAGCUGUACCAUUGCGCCUCUGCUGUUCAACAGUUUUUAUAAAAUAUGGGACAUUUCACAUAAUAUGAACAUUGUUAUUGGUAAUUGGUCUUGUAAACUUAUUUUUAGGCCCUAAACUUAUGUUUAAAACUUAGAAAGUUGCAAUACUUUAUGCAGCCCUCUGUUUUGUAGCUUAUUUUGUUUGCAAAAUUAUUACGGUUUGUCAUCUUCAAUGACUAAUGGUGAAACUAUUUACUCAAAACUGUUCAUUAAUAUUCCCAUUCCCCACCCUUUUCUUAUUUUCCUUGUAUUUUGCUUGUAUCAUGCCUAAACUUGUCAUAUGCAAUAAGCCUUUUUAUGUAUCAUUAUUAUAUAUAGAAAGAUAUAUAAAAGUAAACAAGAGCGUUUUUCUACCAUUUAUUCAACUUUUUGAUACCUCUUCCUUCUUAUUCAGAAAUUUCCAAACAAUUUCUCAAUUAAAGAAAUUUUCAUAUAAAAUUUUACAUCGUGAGUUCGAAAUUGUCAGAUCCUACAAGGCCGUGUAUAACCCCUCGUUUUAUAAUUUCCCCAACAAUUUUUCCAAUACCACAUUGGUUAUCAGUACUUAUUUUUUUAUGAAAAUUAUUUGGUACAAUUUUGUGUUGGGUAUCGCAAAGGAAGUAAGAGCCCUGCCACCUCAAG